AAAAUGGUCUGCAACAAAUGUUUCCAUGUCUCCUUCUGACAAACCCACUCUCUCCGGUUUAUCAAAUGGCAAUCACAAAAGCAACAUCUUGUCAUGGCUCCAUUUAGCUCUGGUCCUCUGAAGUUAGUUUCACGUUCAAAAACAGAGCAUUCAAAGCUUCCUUCACCUUCCAUGUGCAUCAUGGCUUAACUAAACAUUCACUAUACAUAUAAUAUUAAAUAUCCACAUGUUUCCCUCACAUGCCUUUACUCAUAUAUAUACACAACCUCUCCUUUCUUUCUCUACAGCAGAAUCAAGAAACAUGGCAUUUCCUGAAACCCAUCUCCAUAUGGCCAUUAGAUCUAUAAGUCUUCCCUCAAGAAUCCAUCCUCCUUCAGCUAAAUUCCAAGCUGCACUCUCUCAACUUCACACUUGCCAGAACACAGCAUCCUCUGAUUCUCAAUCUCUUCAAAUCUCAUUACUCAACCUCUCGGAGCUUUACCAUUCCCUCCACCAGCUCAACCACUCUCUUCCCACCGCUCAAGCUGAAAACUCUCUUGACGUGUCAGCCACGUUACUAGACUCUUGUGACGCAGCGAGAAACCUAAUCCUCACUCUUAAAGAGCAUAUCCUCAACCUUCAAUCUGCACUUAGGAGAAAAGGAAAAUCCAUGGAGGUCCAGACCAAAGAGUACUUUGUCUUCAGGAAAAAGAUCAAGAAAGAGACUAACAAGCUUGUUCUUGGCCUCAAGAAGCUGGAUAGCUCUGAGACCACUGCCUUAGCCGUUUCCCUCUUUCGAUCCCUUUUCACGUUUCUGUCGACAUCAUCGGCCAUGAAGACAAACACAUGUACUCUCAGAUUUGUCUCUAAGCUUAUUGGUGGUGGUGGUCGAUCGUCGACGUCAAUAAUGAGCGAGUUGCAUAAUCUGGAUUUGGUUUUGCGUUCGGAUGGAGAAAACUCCAAGGAAUUGGUGAAGAAGGCUCUGGAGAUAUUAGAGGAAAGAACAGAGGGGCUUGAAGCUGCACUUGAUUCUCUUUUCAAGUCUCUUGUCCAAUAUAGAGUUUACUUGCUUAACAUUCUUACAACACACUCUUAGUUAAUUCCAAACUUCUAAUUGUACACAAAACAUAUAUAGAAAGACAUACAAAUUCUCAUAGUGAAGAUUAAUCGUAACUGUAAUCCGCUAAUUAAAGAUACAUAAUAUCAAAGUCUUCUUCAUCCC